GCCAGAUGGGGUGCAUUUGAACAAUUCCUGUGGGCUACCUAAAUAUAUCAGGAGUGUUCGGGGAGCGGUUCUCUCAUCAUAUCGGAGAAUUUCCAAUUAGAUCAACCACGAUAUGGAGAAUAACCAUGCCACCUACACGACCAUCUAGAAAGGCCAAGGAACGGCAUGCAUUGGUACGUCCUGGUAGGAGACAAAGAGCAACAAACAUCAGCGAAGAUAUUGAGGAACAGGUGACGAUUGUGGGGAAUUCGCCUAACCAAGACACAGCAUCAGCCUCCAGUGCCUUAAUAGCACUGCCACCAUCACCAGCCAUUCCUGGGGUGUCAGAAUUGGCUGCUGAAAUGCUUAGACAGAUGAAGGCAGAUGGACUGAUAAUGAGGUCAGCAAAUCUGAUGGGGCCAACUGUGCCCGUACCUGCCACAUCUACUGCCCCUCAAACCCAUACAACGCCUCAAGCCACCAUGAGUCAUUCCUCCACAGCAAGGGAAGGUCUUACCUCAGUGGAACGGCCAGAACAGGUCGGAGUAGCCAUCUCUGAUGUAAACUCCAGCACAUUUGCCACAGAAGCCAUCAGUUCCCUGACAGGUCCAACAAUUUCGGCGCUCAGCUCCCAACAUGGACACCGAUCCGACCCCAAUUCCGGAACAACUAUUACUAAUUUAAGUGCAAGAGUACAUCAGCUCAUUGAUGCGGCAUUAUCAAAAGGCUCAAAACAGUUAUAUAGAAGAGCCUUCACAUUGUAUUCUCAGUUUGUCGUUGAUCAACUGCAUGUGGAAUGCUGUCUGCCCAUAAGCGUUCAUUAUCUAGCUUUAUUCAUCGCUAGUUUAGUUGACACAGGUUUGGCAUCAUCAACCAUUCACAGUUACAUAUCAGCAAUUUCCUAUAUUCACAAAUUAGGCGGUUUUUCAGAUCCUACACAGUCUUUUCUUAUACGAAAAAUGCUAGUGGGUUUGCAUAAAGGGGGAAACAAACCAGAUUUUAGGCAGCCAAUCACGCUGGACAUCUUGCACAAGAUUGUGACCUCAUUAUCGAAAACAUGUACAUCUUAUUAUGACAUGAUCAUGUUCAAAUCCAUGUACUUGUUAGCUUUUCAUGCCUUCCUUCGCAUCGGGGAAAUAGCUUACAAUGGGAAUGCCCAAAACGUUCUUCAGCUCAGCAAUAUUCAGUUUUAUAGGCUUGGGGAUGUUUUUCCAUUUAGGUUAGAAAUUUGUUUCAAAUCCUACAAAGGGCAUUAUAACUGCACUCCGGUGACUCUGACUAUUAAAGUUCAACAAAACAUUGAAUUUUGUCCUGUCCAAGCCUUAUUUCAGUAUUUAAAAUUAAGGGGCUCUUCUGAAGGUCCUAUCUAUAUUCAACCAAACAGAAAAGCUGUGACUUAUCAGUGUUUUUGUAACAUGCUAAAGCAGACUCUGUUAGUAGCCCAGUACGAUCCUACACGGUAUAGAAGUCACAGCUUCAGAAUAGGAGCAGCAAGUACUGCAGCCAGUCGUGGUAUUUCUGAAGCAGACAUACAAGCAAUGGGCAGGUGGCAUUCCAAUGCAUUUAAGCGAUAUAUUCGUAUUCCCACAUUACAAAUAGAGUAGAAAGAAAGUUAGCUUUCAUAACCAACUGCCGUUGAAUGCAGGGCAUUCCUGGCAAGUCGGAAGUGAAAUGUGUUUUGUACAAUUUAUUGUGAAUUUUUAUAAUGCUAGGUUAACGUUGUAGAUUUGCUAUGUUGGAUGCAGGGCAUCCCUAUAGUAUUUGGAUUAUUAUUUAAAAGUUUUACAUAUAUUGGAAUUGCCUGUCUCCUGUCAUAUUUUUUAUUGUAACUUAAUGUUUGUUAGUUUGUAAUAGAUCAUGAGCUGGUGUACAUUUACUUUAUACUGUUUGAACUUUCCCCAUCGUUGGUAUAUAUUAAGUCCGUACCAGGUGACAAUGGACAACUAUUCUGGUAUGUUUAGUAUGGUUGGACAGGAUGUAUACUGAUACACACCAUGCUUUCGAGAAAGACUACAGCAGCUAGUAUGGUAAUUGUGAUUCCCUCAAAUGCAGGACUUAUUGAGGAGAAAUGAACUUUUCUUAUGAUACAAUCAAUUUCGGGUAGUUUCAUACUCCCCUAUAUGUGUAAGGACUGUACACAUCGCGUAGGCAGCUUGGAGUGAGGCACUUCUGCUGCUUUGUUGCUGUAUAUAUAACACAUGAUGAACUAUUACAAACAGUUUUUAGUCUCCUUAAUCUGAAGGUGACCACGAUUCAUUCCUUUCGUUUUCUGUAUUAACAAAUCUAUUCAUGUACAAAUAGUACGAAGGUUGCAUGUUUUAUACGAGGUUGUGUUUUUCAAAGUUUUGAACUUAUCAAUUUUUCUCUUUUAAUUAAUUACAUUUAAUUGUUCAUUUGAGUACAGCCAGCAGCUCG